GCGCCAUGAUAGACGAUACUGCUUUCUUCGUAAUAAACCCACGUACCGACUUCUUUUGACAAACACCCAACCGACAAAUCCAAAUUGGUUUUUUCGUACCCAUCAUCCCUUGACCAUAGCCUUGACUCCCAGCCCUGUAUUCUAACCAAGGCCUUUUCUGCGGGUGUGUGCUGCUUCAUCCCUUUUGUUUGUCUAACUGUGCCAACGCACUUAUGUUGUCUUUCAAACGACGGUUCUAUCUCCCGAUAUCGUACGCAAAAAUACUCAUCUCGCAUCUCAUCCGAUGCUGGCUCAACAACCGAACACUCCUACAAACAGUGGUAGUGAUUAUACGAAAUUGUAUUCCCUUAUGUGUAUGGCUUUUGCUUUUUAACACUAUGAACCUUAUUCCCAACCUGGUAAAACCCCGAAUUAACGUGCGACUAGUGAUGCGAUUAGAUGACUACGUGUUCCAGACAUGGCAGGGUGGCGUAUUAACGGUGCUUUGCCUUUUCCUCGGUGGUAUAUUGGUAUUUGGGCGAUUUUAUAGUCCCACCACUGUGAAGAGCGAGCCUAGGAGUCAUGUAAUUGCUCUAAGUGACUUGGAGGCCAACAAAGCGGCGCCAGUGGGACAGGUCCAGCCUUCCCAAGACAACGAUACGGCGGUAGCAUCGCCUAUCUGCAGCUGGGACCGAUUCCCCGUUUACCUGAUGAUGCUUGGAUGGGUUAUUCUCAAUGGAAUCUACAGUUUCAAAGAUCCCAUCAACAAGGCCAAAAACAUCGUGGCCCUUGUGUUCUACUUGAUGGGUCACGUCCUCGUGGUGCCCGCGACUGCGUGGUACCUCUACUUGUUUCAGCCGCUGCGUAUUCUCAAGUUGUUUGUGAUUGCAAUUGGCGUGCAGAGCAUCUGCGUCAACAUUACGCACUUGGUAUUCCCCAACGUGCCACCCAUUUAUAUUCAGUACUACGGGGAGAACAAAAACGCCACAUAUGACCUGCCCGGGUACUCCGAAGGGUUAACACGAAUUGAGUUGAACUUCCCGUUUGGCAGGGUGUUAAACUUUUUCAUUAUUUAUGUCAAAUCCAUUGAGUUUGGUAUUCUUCCAUCGCUUCAUUCGUGCAUGUCACUUACUAGCGUUUAUUUUCUUGUGAACCUUAUAAGUAUACGGGUGAUGAAGGUGGCAUUACUUGUGUACAGUUGUUUCCAAAUCUGGUCGUCACUUUACUUGGAUCAUCACUGGCGAGUUGACAUUCUUUUCUCGGUAUUCUACUCGAUGUUUUCCUACUUGAUGGUGAAGGAUAAGCUUGUGUCGAUUAGAAGCCAGUUCCGGUACGACGCCAAGUUUGGCCGGGAAACCACCAUGGGUAUGAGGGUAUUUCAUGGGACGGGACUUGAAUGGUGGUUUACCCCCACAUAGUCAUUUUAUAGAGCAUAGUGCAUAGAUAUGCAACGGUUGAUGUGG